AUGCGUAAACCAACAUUCACUGCGCGACACUACCCAGAAAUGUGGACCACUUUCAUAGCAAUUGGCGAACCGAAGGAUGUAGUAGGAAAGUUGGAAGGCUACGAAGUGCUGAUGAAGAGUGGCGGUCUCGUGUCUGUACAUCCGUGGGGAUCAGUGGCCAACCUCUCUAUUCUUGAUUGGCACUAUCGCAUAAGUGGAAUCGAGCCCCUAUCAACCUACACAGUCACUGUGCGUGGACGUUUUACGUCUAACGAGUAUAGUGCGAUGGCAGACCCAGUGGAGUUCAUGGGAGUGAAUGAAGCUCGCUCUGCUCCCCAAAAUCUGAGGCUGGUUGCUCUCGACUCUCACAGGGUGCGCAUGACGUGGGAUCCACCACUCCAAUCCUACGAUUUCGUUACUGCCUACAGCGUUGGAUUGAUUAUCGACGGGUAUUUAAUGACGCCAUUUACUGUCGCCAAGAACAGAUCAUUUACGUACACGAGAAUGGAGCCUGGACAAAAGCUUUCAGCAUUCGUUCGUGCAACAAGUUUGUCUACAACACUAACUCAGCUUGAAUUAGCGGGACGCAAAUCUCGACUUGUGUCCAUAAGAACACCACCCUCUUCGGGAGGUGAGUUACACCCCUACCUGUCAUGA